UGGAUGGCAGUCGUGAAUUAAGCUGCCUUGAUGGCAGACAUGAAAAAAUAAAAGCGUUUAUUGUUUUCGCAAAGUAUUUAACAUAAUUUUAAUAGAAAACAAUAAAUAGAUCUAUAUAAAUUAUGAAAAUAAAACUCAUAAAUAAUAUUACAAAUGUGUUUUAAACAAUAAUACAAAAAUAAUUAAGUGUUUAGUGUACUACUCUAAAAAAAAGAAAUUUUACAUUCUAUUUUUCACCAAAAUAAAACAAAAGCAGAAAAAAAAAUAUACAAAAAUGCGUUUAAGUAUACAGCAGCAACUAAUCGGACCUUGGUUGAUUGUCUUGACGCUUUUUAUAAUUGAAUCAGCAACAGAUGAGAAACUUAGUUUACAACGUUAUUUUCCGCUUGUAACCGAAGAACAAAUGCUCAACAAUGAUAAUCGUUUUAAACAGAUUAUGCAGGGCAGCAGCAGUUCAUCGUCAGAUGCAAUUUGGCCGGAUAAGCAUAAAUUUGAAAAGGUCGAUGUUAAAAAAGAAAUCAAUAAAUUGAAUAUCACAUAUGUUUAUCAAUCGUCAUGGCCUGAAAUGAGUGUUAAAUUGGGUUCUGUUACCGCUGUUAGUUUUGAUAAGGCUGGCAAUGUUGUAAUCUUUCAUCGUUGUGAUCGUGUUUGGGAACAAGAUACAUUUUCAAGAAAUAAUGUUUUUACCAAACGCAAUAAGGGAGCUAUACGUGAUAGCACUGUUUUGGCCUUGGAUAGAGAAACUGGCAAAUUGGUUUAUGAUUGGGGUAAAAAUUUGUUCUAUAUGCCUCAUGGCCUAACAAUCGAUCACGAGGAUAAUGUUUGGAUAACUGAUGUAGCUCUACAUCAAGUCUUCAAAUUUGGUCCCCGAGGCUCCAACGAUAAACCACUUAUGACUUUGGGUACAGCAUUCACACCCGGUGCUGGUGAAACAAAAUUCUGUAAACCAACAUCAGUGGCAGUUUUAGAAAAUGGAGACUUCUUUGUAGCGGAUGGUUAUUGUAAUGCACGAAUACUAAAAUAUACUAAACAAGGAGAGAAAAUCUUACACUGGGGACAAAAUACAUUUUCUGGUGUUUCCUUUGGUGUGGCACCACAAAAUUUCUUUGCCAUACCGCAUGCUUUAACACUGGUGCCCGAACAGGAAUUAAUUUGUGCAGCAGAUCGGGAAAAUGGACGAGUUCAGUGUUUCUAUUGGUCCAAUGGUACAUUCCACUCGCAAUAUCAUUCACAGAUUAUAGGAGAUCGUUUGUUUAGUAUGGAUUAUACCCCAGCACACGGUGGUCAAUUUGUUAUAGUAAAUGGACCCACUGCUGAAUUGGGUUUAAAAACUGAACAAUACAAUGAGGUGCGUGGUUAUGUGAUGGAAUUUACUACCAAGAAAGUAACAGGCAAAUUUGGACCAAACGAUAUGGAAUUUUCUAAUCCUCAUGAUGUGGCUGUCUCAAAAGAUGGCAAUGAGGUAUAUGUAGCCGAACUAAAUCCCAUGCGUAUACAUAAGUUUUUGCACAAAUCUAUGGUCAAAUCUAUACCCCUAUCGGCUGCCAAACCUACCGCCAAUGUUGAAAUAGAAAUUAGUAAGGAAAAAUCCUCUAAUCUACCAGCAACAGCACAAAAAGCUCAUAUUUUAAGUGUGACUGACUCUGCAUCUGAUCCCUCGGUGGUAUUGGAAAUUUCUAGUGAAUCUCAUCAUAGACCCGGUGCAACAGCGAUUUUGGUGGCUUCUCUAAUGUUACUAUUUGCAUUUCUAACAUUCGGUUUAGCUUUGCUAAUAGCCCGACGACGUAAACGAGGUUGCAUGCCAUUUGGUUCGAAUAAUCGACGUCAUGCCUGGGAUUUUCCCUCAAAACCAGAUGGCUUUAAACUGGGUGGUCUUCUACUAGAGCGCAAUAAACGCAGUGGUUUUGAAAAACUUGAUCAAAACGCUAGUGAUGAGGAAACGGAAACGGCUACUAAUAAUACUUUAACAAGUGCACAAUUUGCUUAGUUUUUUUGGUUUAUUCAAAAAAAAAGUCAUAAAACAUCAUAUUUAUAUCUAAAAACAAUAACUAAUUAAAAUCAAAUGAACCUCUAACUCGCUCCAAUUUAUUGAAAGAAAAAGGAAUUUAUUUUUUGAAACGUUUUCUUAAUAAUUUUUAUUUUAUUGAGCUAAAAAUUAAGUUCGGUUAAUAUAAUUUUAAAAAUUUAUUUUCUCUAGGUGUUUUGUAAUGCAUAAUAAUAUAAUAAUUUGUAAUUAACAAUGUAAACGAAAAUUCAAUUAUUUAUUAUUGUACUGUGUAGAAUUUAAGACUUAUUGUAUGUAUAUUUUAGUGAAGCAAAAUAAUUUAUAUAAGUACGAUUCUUGUAGUAGUAAAUUAUAUAUUGAAAUUAUCUGGUUAAGGACCAAGAAAAAAAAAACAGAAUGGAAUACUUUUAGAACAUUUUUUAAAUAUUUUGAUUUCUGAGAGAACAAAUAAUUAUUAAUGAUUUUCUUCCUUAUUGAUAAAGUUGGAUUAAGAUAGACUUUUAAAUUUCCAUAUUAAGUUCAGUGACAGGUUUUACACAUUCAUGAUCUAACUGCUAAGAAAAGCUGAGACCAAAUUACCCUCUUCUACAUUAAUCGCAAUCUCAAUUUCGGCUAAACUGCCGCAUUUGUUAACGAAUCUCUUAUGCUUCGUAGUUUUGAAUCUCUGGAUCAAUAUAGAAUAAAAGAAUUAAUGAAUUUUACUUUUAUCACAAUCGACAUACGAUUUUAUGAAAUUUAUCCUAAUUGAGUUUGAGGAAUAUGGUUGAAAACCAAAUCUAAACACCUAUUCCAUAUUUAAUUUUCUCUUAAAAAUCAAAAUACUUUUGCCAUUCCAAUUGCUUGUAUCCUAUCAAAUUUUCCAUUUUAAAAGACGACUUUGUUUUAAUUAAAUGUUUUAAUUGUAUUUACCGCUAAAGUACUGAAGGAAUUCUAAUACUAA